AUGGCUUCUUCUUCCGUUUGCAGUCUUCUCUUCCAUGUUCUUUUGCUCAUACAGUUUUGCAGCUCUCGAGAUAUCAUCGACAAAAACCUGAAGACAAACGAUAAUAACGAAGAAAACCAUUUAAAAUUUUAUGGGAAAAGUGAAGCCGAUGAUUUCGAGCCUGCUUUAAAAGUGUUCUUCAACGUAAAUGAUUUAUACAAGGGCAAAAAAAUGCCGAUUUAUUUCGCAACAAACGAUCCUUCCACAACGCCUCGACUACUCACUAGAGAACAAGCCGAUUCAAUUCCAUUCUCCUCGUCAAAACUCCGUUAUCUUCUUGACUUUUUAACGUUGACCAACGACUCACCACAAGCAAAAGCCAUGGAACAAACGCUCAAACAAUGUGAACUUGAUCCGACACCCGGUGAGACAAGAUUCUGUGCAACCUCGUUGGAAUCGAUGCUGGACUUGACACGUGGCGUAUUGGGUAUGGUGAAACUGAAGGUGUUGACCACCAAGAUCCAUAAUUUGUCAGAUUCCGGUUAUACCCUUUUGCAAGAGUACACGUUUUUGAAGGAGCCAUUGAAGAUUCAUGCUCCGGAUAUGGUGGCAUGUCAUACCAUGGCUUAUCCUUAUGCGGUUUACUAUUGCCAUGCUCAGAAGGGGAAUAAUAGGGCUUUUGAGAUUUCUUUAGGGGGUAAAAAUGGAAAUAGAAUUGAUGCUAUUGCUGUGUGCCACAUGGACACUUCCAAGUGGGACACUGACCACGUGGCGUUUCGUGUACUCGGAGUCCAGCCUGGCAGCUCGCCUGUUUGUCAUUUUCUUCCGGCCGAUAACAUCAUGUGGAUCCCAUCGGUUUAG